UUUUUAUUUCUUUCACUCUUUCCUUCUUUCUUUCUUUUUUUCUCUUUAUCACCCCCCAUACAUUCUUUUUUUUUUUAUCUUCUUUUUCUUCUCUUAUGAAAUCUACACUUUCUUAUCUUUCACUCAUUCUCGCUUUAGCCGUCACCUUGUUGGCCGCUGUUGUUCGUGCUGAUGGACAUUACAAAGGUGUUGCCACCAUGAUGAAGUUUGAAUCUUCUUCUGAUGUUACUAUGAAUAAGCGUGCCUUCCGUGGUACUUGGUACUCUGGUAAUGAUUUGAAGAAUGCUGCUUGUUACGGUCGUAAUGGUCUUCCUUCUUACUCUGCUACUAUUCAUUCUAUGAUUGGUGCUAUGGCUAUGAACGGCUUCGAAAACUGUUACAAGUGCAUGAAGAUUGUCAACAAUCAACAAAAGCAUCUCUCUGUCGUUGUCAAGAUUGUUGACAAAUGUGCAGGUUGCAAAGUGAAUCAAGCUAUCGACCUUACACCAAAUGCUUUUGCUAAAUUGGCUCCCGGUGGUGAUCUUGGUAUUGGUGUUCUUGACAUUAGUUGGAAGCCCGUCCGUUGCCCUAACUCAAAAUUGUAUCCUAGCAAGCCCAAGGCAUAAAAUCAAAAUUGUAUUCCCUUUUUCCCCUUCCCUUUCUCUUACACACUGAUUACAAUAAAUCAAUCUCUUUUUACUUUAACUCUCUCUCUCUCUAUUGUACUUUUUUUUUCUGAUCAAUCCAUUUUAUUUUAUCUCUCUUUUAUUUUGGAAUAAACAUAUAGUGUACCAAUAAAUAUGAUCUGAUGGAAUGGCUCAAUUAGAUACGUAUAGAGGGACCUAUAAAUAGUAAUGAUACUCUUGAUUAUCUUCUGGAUUGAUUUAUUAUUAUCUGUUUAGCGUGAUGAUCCUUUGUGUAUAUGUGUUAUUCUUAUCGCCAGUCUAUCAUGAAUACCCUUUUUUUUUUGU